AUGGCGGUUGAGCAAGACGUUGGGGAGUCGAAAAAGCUUGAGUGUGACGAAUGUGAAAGGGCAGUUAUUGACAAGACAAAUUCUGCUCUCCUCGUUUUAAAGGCGAGAUCGUGCAGAAUUUGGAGAGCUAUGUACUGGACUAGAGGAUUGAUUCGGUUACAGACCGAGAGGACAAGUGGGUUUUGGUAUCGGGGAAUCCCCGCAUUGAUUGAGUAUGUGUAUGAAUAUGGGAAAUCACUGAAUUUCAAUUGGGAUGAUAGUUUAUUAAAUGACUAUUAUUUUGACUUGGACAUCGAGAACAUGUCAUAUGAGGAGGUUGUUGAGUAUUUUGAACAAAUUGGCAACGUAGGCACGAGCUUGUCAGAAGAAAUUUUUACAAGAGUAGUGAAGACAAAAACUUUUUUAGCGCCUAAUAACUUGGAGGGAGUAACUUCUAAUGAACAAGAAACUGAUAUUUGCGUUAUAUGUCAGGAUGAAUAUAAGAACCAAGAGGAGAUUGGAAUUCUUCGAUGCCGACAUGAAUACCACGUAGAUUGCAUAAGAAGAUGGUUACAUGAAAAAAAUGUUUGUCCCAUUUGCAAAUCAGAAGUAUUAGAUCAUGAAUAGAAGAUGGAAUAGAAA